CAGCGCUGUGUGUCAGGGGCUUUGCAGCAGCAGGACGAAUGACGGCUGAGUUAGAGGAAGUUACUGGUAGCUGGGAGCAGUUGUGCUAGUAUGUAACCUUUCACGAGUUGGAUACAGCACCGCAGUGAGAAAGAGGAAGGCAGCAGCAUUCAUGGAUAUUGUGGACACCUUUAAUCAUUUAAUACCCAGUGACCAGUUGGACGACUCCCUGAUAACAGGUCAGAAUUUGGAAUGUGAAGCCAGUAAUGAGUUUGGGACAGGACACCGGCUGGAAGACUCACUGAAGAACAUGCUCAGUGACAAAGACCCCAUGUUUGGAUGUGCAAGCUCUCAGUUCAAUUUGCUGGACAAUGAGGACGCCACUUUUCAGAUUGCUGGCUCAGCAGGUCUCAGUGAUGGUUCAGCAUCCGCAGGCCUUGGCAGUGAACUGACAGUUGCAGAGACCACACAAGUCAAGAGGCCUGUUGGCAGGCAGAAGAAACGAACAAGUUAUUUAGAUGGUAAUGAGCAUUGCAGUGAUCCACAGCCCGCUAACAUAUCCACUAACACCAUGAUCCGAGGACGACCGGGGAGGAAACCAGCCAACAGGCUACGGAAGUCAUUUGUCAUUGAGAAAGGCGUUAAAGGCGCCCAGCUGAAGAGAGAAUUAACUCUGGGAGGGCGUAUUAAUGUUAAUGAUCUUGAUUGUGGACUAUGGCUGAAGCCUUCUGUUAUAUUGAGACGACUGACGGUCACAAUUGCAGGAUUCAGGAUUGAGCUGCUUCCGGGACCCUCUUACACAGAAAAUGUUGAAGCGAGCCAGUCUGUGUGCCUUGACAGUGGUUUUUCAUAUGCUGGGGAUAUUGGGUUUGCCGUGUUGCCAGAUGAAGCUGUCAGUGUACAGAAUCCCACACCUGAAGCAGUGGCAGAGGUGGAUGCAACUGAGAAGAGCUCUGCUGAUGAUGCGGCCCUCGGCCUGGGCCCGUAUGUGAAUCCUAAUGACGUGCAGGCCUCCAACGGGACAGUAAUGGGGAGUGCCUGCCCGCAGGAGACAAAACUUAACAAUCAGGAUGUUCCUAAAAAUCAAAAGUCAGUGAGUAAGGAAAAAUCUGACAUCAGAGAGCCACAAAACACUGAGAAUAACAGAACUACUGUUACACAUAAGACUGAUGAUAAGGAAAAGCACCAGAUUGUGGCCAAAAUACCGCUCAAGUCAAAACAAGGACUUGCCUCUGACAAGAAUAAGGACUUGGUUUCAGGUAAACCAAACAACAUGAUUAAGGGAGAUAAAGUAAUCCAAAACACGCCACCCAAAAUCCAAAGAGGAGACCCGCACAAAAUGAAAUCUCUAAAGGAAAAGACAGACAUUUCACCUUUGAAAAGGCCUGCGGAAAACACCCAAAGUGAGCAUGUGCCUAAAAUACAAAAGACACAGGGCGCAGGAGAAAGUAAAGCAAAGCCAAAAUUGCCAAGUACACCCAGCUCUGUAGCGAAGAAGAGCCCAUCAUCUGGUCACCGUGUUGAUCAGCAGGGACCGACCAAACAUCCGCCCAAUAUCCCCAAAGUAGAGACCGCUAACCUGACGCACGGCCGUCCAGGCCACCCUGUAAAAACACCUGAGGAAGGAGGGCAAGAAAAGUCCAAACUGAAAAAGCCAGAAAAGAUCCUUCAAAGACAGAAAAGCAGAACUUCAAGAAGCAUCUCUGUGGAGGAGCCGCAGCUGUUUAUUCCAGAUAACGCUCCUGUUGUGAAGAAGGAAAGUGCUGAGGAGCAACCUGCUAACAGCGAGUCUGUAUGGGACGGGAACAACUGCUGUGGCCAGUGCAAGAAACACCACAAUAAUAUGUUCAUGGUAGGCUGUGGUCGCUGUGACGACUGGUUCCACGGCGACUGUGUUGGUCUUGACCUGACGAAAGUACGCGAAAUGGAGGAGGAGGACCAGAUGUACGUGUGCUUAAAGUGCUGUGAGGAGGAGACCAAAAAGGUGGAGCCUGAACCCCCGAGUGCAGCCAAACCAGAAGUUCAAGCAAAAACUGAGGUACAGGAAGUUAAACCGCCCCCCAAACCCCAACCCGGACCAUCUCAGGCACUCGCAUCAGGGGGCGUCAGACCAGUAAGAAAGGAUCCUGAUAGAAGGCAGUCCACAGAUGGCAGAGAGGCAGCUCAUAAACCAGGCUUUUAUCUCAAACAAGAGACGAAGAGUAAGACUCCGUCAUCAGCUUCAAAGAAACCGGUGUCUGUGGAGGCAAUCAGGCGAAGUGUGCGUGAUUCUCUGAAAGAAAUCCUCAUACAGAGGUUGAAGGAGUCUGAUUUAAACGUCUCAGUGGAGAGGGCCUCAGAAGUUGCCAAGAAGACAGAGAGAGAGCUUUUUCACUUGUAUAAAGACACUGACAACAAAUACAAGAACAAGUACCGAAGCCUAAUGUUUAACCUCAAAGAUACUAAAAAUAAUGUCCUUUUUAAGAGGGUCCUCAAAGGGGAAAUUUCUCCUGGUAACCUAAUUCGAAUGAGCCCCGAGGAACUGGCCUCAAAAGAAUUGGCUGCUUGGCGACAAAGGGAGAACCGACAUACGAUUGAGAUGAUCGAAAAAGAGCAAAGAGAGGCAGAGAGACGGCCGAUCACUAAGAUCACGCACAAAGGUGAAAUUGAAAUCGAGAGCCAAGAACCAGCAAAGGAACCAGUGAAGGCCCCUGAGCCUGAAGAGCUUAAGUCUCCUCCCAAAGUGGCAGAAAUCUCAGCAGAGCCUCCAAAAACCCCAGAGGAUAAAACAGAGAGUACCAAGACGGAGAAAGACACCACCAGCCAACACAAGUCUCAUUUAUUUGACCUACACUGCAAAAUCUGCACUGGUCGUAUGGCUCCCCCUGUGGAGGAGGCACCAACCAAAGUGGUCAAAGUUGCCACCACAGUGGUUCGGAGGCAGUCUACUACUAAAGCAGAAGAGACGAAGAGCACACCACCUGCAAUCGAUGACGACCUGCACCUCACCGUUCUAGAGGAGAGCUUCCGAAAUGCUCAGUCGGUUUAUGAAGGACGGUCGGAUCACGCAACUGGAAGAGAUGAAGAGGCCGCUUUCCUUUCCAACCUGAAGUCCCUGUGGCGAGGAUUUAUUCAUAUGCACUCUGUGGCAAAGUUUGUGACAAAAGCUUUUCCUGUCUCUGGCAUUUUGGACAACUUGACUGAGGACCUUCCAGAUAGCAUUCAAGUUGGUGGAAGGAUAAGUCCACAGACGGUGUGGGACUACUUGGAGAAGAUUCGGGCAACUGGAACAAAAGAGGUGUGCCUGAUUCGCUUCUCCCCUGAGACAGAGGAAGAUGAGAUCUCCUAUACUCUUCUGUACGCCUACUUCAGCAGUCGCAGGCGUUUUGGGGUGGUGUCCAAUAACCUGAAACAAGUGAAGGACAUGUACCUCAUUCCCUUGGGCGCCACUGAAAAAGUUCCACAUCAGCUCGUUCCCUUUGAUGGGCCAGGUUUAGAAAACAACCGUGCCAACCUCCUCCUUGGACUCAUAAUUCGCCAGAGACCUAAAAGGGAUUUUCUUCCCGUGGACAUGAAUGAGAGUGCAAGGAUUAUUCCUGAAAUCCAGCCCAUCACCGUUUCCACAAAAGAAACCAGAGAAACAGAGGAGGAUGAGAAAUUGUUCCUCUCUUCCUUGACUACUGCACAUAAAAAAGAGAAGGACAAACCACUUAACACUACUGAAGAUGUUGAUGAACCAAUUACAGAGUCUUUUGAAGAACCAUCUGCAUCAGAGGAGACCAACAAUCAGGAACCCCGAAAACCACUGCGCUUCCUUCCAGGUGUGUUAGUAGGCUGGGGUGGGGAAUUGCCACCUCUGCCAGAUGUUGGAGGUAAACCUGCAACAACAGCAGAUGACACCCAGAAGACCCAACCAGCUCCCAAAACGGAGGCAUUAACUGUAAACUCGAAAAGUCCAACAGCUGCUGCGCCACGAGAGCGCUUUGUCAUCAAGAAGAAAGAAGCCAAAGCCGUUAAAGCUGAACAAGAGCUCCCCAGCCCAACGGAUACAUCUGCUGUUAACAACUCAUCAGGAAAGGAUGCUGCAGUGGUGACCCAUGCUGCCCCAGUCUCUCUGAAAGAUAAGCCUCCAGAUGUAUCGACUGAAGCGUUCCUGGCAAGCUUGUCAGCAGCUCCGAGUGGGGCUGAAACUAGCAGCGCUGCCUCUGCAAACAAAGGCGAUGCCGGCCCUUUGUCUGAAACUGAGAAAACGCCGUCUGAAGAGGAUCCUUUGUCGCAGUCAAAAUCCCAGGCUGCUCCAGCUCACACUAAUAGCUCGAAACCUCCUUUAAGUGGAAUACUGAAAAAAUCUUCAGCAUAUUGCAGUGUGAGUGAAGAUAAAACAACAGUGCUACAAAAGGAUAAAGCCAGCCAGCCAGCUCCUUCGAGCCCUAAACCUGUGCCUGUGUUGAGUAGCACUAGAAAUGAGCCAGUUACACUAUUUCACCAAGGAUAUUUACAGCUUUCUCAGCCCAAGAACAAACCCGAGGAAGAAAAGCAAACAGCUAUUCGAUCAUUCGCUGGUGAAAAGGAAGAUGCUGCCGUGUCCCAGGCUGGUGCUCCUGUAACUCAGACAGUAUAUUCUCCUACAGUCCCAGCACCACAAGCAGUGUGUUACCCAGAAGUGUCUGAGGUCCAACACAACUCAGUAAUGGCACCAGUUCUCCCAGUAUACAACAGUACUGCACCUAUCCCACUGCAGCAGCAACAGCCUCAGGUACCUGGCAGCUACGACUACCCAACUGGCCCUCCACCUAACACUUUCUCCAGCCCACACACCCAGGAUCAGAACCACAGCACACCGUGGGCUCAGGACAGCACUUCACAGGCUCUUCCCGGACUUCAGUCGCAGUUUGCCGGGAGCUACCCUGAACCAGCUGGCCGACCUCCAUCCCUGGCCAAAGACUACAAGCGCCUAGAGGAGCGGUACAGCGACCCGUGGGAGCGGCCGCGCACAACAGAGGACAGAGACCACCACGGGAGGCACAGUCAUCACAGGGACACUCAUCACGGGAAAAAGAGCAGGCAUCAUGAACGGGAGCGGGAGAAAAAGCGUGAACGCAGCCGCGACAGAGAGAGGAGUAGGCACCACGGACACUCAGACGACCGCUAUGGUGAGAAGAGGAAAGAAAGGCACCGCAGCGAUGAUCACGGCAGCCGUCAUAAGGACAGACACAGACAUAGACGGGACUCUGAUUAUGAGAAUGGACGGAGAAGUUCAAAAGACAGUUAACUCAUAAUCAUGUUUAUUUUUUUUUUAAAGCCCCACUAGUUGGGGGCUCUAAGAAAGACUUUUGGUUGGCUUGUUGGUCACUUUGCUGGUUCAAACCACUUUGGCGUUAUCGGCUGACAGUGGAGGUGUUUAUUUUAUACAGCGGUCCACAGCUUGCCAUUUCCUUCAUAGAAGUUUAAAUUUUAUGUUAUUGACAGUGCAGCCAAAAUGAUCUAUCAUUUCAGAGUGAUGUGAAGAUCUUUCUAGACGUGUUUUCUUCAAACCAAGAACUGAAUAUUGGAACAGUUUCAAAAUUUUAACCUUUUUAUUGUAUAUAUCUUGUUCAUACUGAGCUGCUGCACUGACUACACAUGAUCACUUAAUGUUUUCAGUCUCAUGGUAACAUACAAAACAAGUGUGGACCAUUUGGUAAAAAGUUGGCAUGAAUGUAACACAGAAAACAUUUAACUGAGGACCGUGAUCUAAACAGCAGCUAUGCUUUUUUUUUUUUUUUUUUUCCUCCCCCCCUGACUUAAAUUCAUUUAAAUUGCUUAAAUAUUUUUUAAACUUACUUUUUUUGAAAAAGUAUGUACAUUUUGGCUUGUAAUAUACCUUAGAGAUGAAGUGUGCCUUUGCACUGUGUGUUUAUGUACAGUUCGUAAUAAAGCUAAUCCUUUUUUAUUAUUGAUUAUUAAAAAAAAUUCUCAUAUUUCUUUUUAAAUGUAUUAAAGGUACAACCACCUGAAUACUGAUUUUCAAGUUAUUGUUUACAAAACUGUUUUUGAAAUGUUGUCCUUUCUAAUUGGAAUAGUAACUUACUCUGAGGGCUUCUAUCUGUUUGAUAUUUCAUCCAGUUGAGUUUUGUCA